CCCCAUUAUGGAGUAAUGAAUACUUGUGGGUCUUGGUAAGCUCUACAAUAUGCAGGGCGAGGUGAUUACCAGCGAUGGUGGGAUUGAAGAGGUCGCCCCAAAAAUAAAUAAGAGUGCCCCUCACAGUCCUCUAAGGGACACCCUGCGGAGAGCUGCUGUUGCUGUGGCGGGGGAGGCCACUAUAGAACGGAAGAAGAAGAAGAAAAAGGAGCCUCGGCCGGAGUCCAUCAUCGUCUAUCGGUCUGACAACGAGAAGGUGGUGGAGGAUGAGCUGGCAAAUCAGGAAGGAGGAGAGAGGAGUGUGGAGGAAGGCUCCAGGUUUCUGGGGACACCGAUGAGUGACGGUGGAUGGAGUUUGCCUCCUGAUAGCCGCUAUGUGACCUUGACGGGCACCAUCACUCGCGGGAAGAAGAAGGGUCAAAUGGUGGACAUCCAUGUAACUUUAACAGAGAAGGAAAUGCAGGAACUUGCAAGAUCCAGGGAGCCGUUACAAGAUGAGCCAGCGGAGGGGAAAAAGACCUGCUCGGUUGGACUGGACAGAGGUCCGCACAUCCUCCUCUGGAGUACCCUCUGCUUGCCCAUUGUAUUUAUUCUCUCCUUUGUCCUUUCCUUUUAUUACGGGACCAUAACGUGGUACAGCAUCUUCCUGGUGUACAAUGAAGAAAGGACUUUCUGGCACAAGAUCAUCAUUUGCCCCUUCUUAAUGAUUUUUUACCCCAUCAUCAUCAUGGUGCUAUCCUCGUCUCUGGCCAUCUACACGUCGGUGACCCAGCUAUCCUGGUCAUUUGGGGACUGGUGGCGUUCCGUGCGCGACAUGGAGAAGGGCUUCUGUGGCUGGCUUUGUAGCAAACUCGGCCUUGAAGACUGUUCCCCGUACAGCACUGUAGAACUGCUGGAUUCAGACAAUAUUUCCGGGAGCCUGUCUGUAAAAGGUUCCACACAAGGGGUGGAGACUUCUGCUGUCUGAGGUGGCUUCCUAAAAUUAGAUUCAUGUUCAUAGUCCCUUUUUUUUUUUCUUGGCCAUUAUGGAAUACCGAUGUGAUAAAGCGAUCUGUGCCAUAUGGAAUUACGCUGGUGAAUAGUGGGUAUGGUUAUGAGCUUUGUAGUGAAUUUGCCGCUGGUUUCUGCAUGCUUGGAUUCCAUGUUUGUUUGGUCGGUGAGCUCGGCAUCAUAACUGCAU